UCUCUUUGUUAGACCCCAAUCCUUCCAAAUAGCGAAUCGCUCUGUUAGCUCUCUGGAUUUCAAGCUUUUCAAAAAUCUCCAUUAAUGGCUUCUUCGAUUGCUCUCCGAGGGCUUGCCGCUUCCUCCGCCGCUAAGCUUUUCAAUUCUGUUCGCUCCGCCUCUGUUCUCCCCUCCUUUGUCGGUCGUUCAUUCAACACCAAUGCUCAGAUGACCAACUAUGCUGAUGACGACCGCUCCGUCGAUGUGGAUCGCCGCUCUGACCGCUCUCUCUCUCGUUCUCGUGAUCGCUUCCCUGGUUUCGCAGAUGUGUUCGAUCCGUUUUCUCCGACUAGGAGCCUAAGUCAGGUGCUGAAUCUGAUGGAUCAGUUCAUGGAGGAUCCGUUUCUGGCAGCUUCACGAGGAGUAGGAGCAGGAUCAAGGAGGGGCUGGGACGUGAGGGAGGAUGAAAAUGGUCUGUACCUACGAAUGGACAUGCCUGGACUGAGCAAAGAUGAUGUGAAGGUGAGUGUGGAGCAGAACACACUGAUCAUCAAAGGCGAGGCAGGGAAAGAAUCCGAAGACGAGGAGGAUCGUAGACGAUUCUCGAGCCGACUUGAUUUGCUUGCAAAUCUGUACGAACUGAAUUCGAUCAAAGCAGAGAUGAAAAAUGGAGUUCUGAAAGUGGCUGUGCCAAAGGUGAAGGAAGAAGAAAGGAAGGAUGUGAGGCAUGUUACUGUUGAGUAGUUGGGUCUCUCAAAUCUGAAAAAUGGUGAAUAGCUUUCCCUCUGUUCUUUUUCUUAUACUUUUAGAAUGUAGAGCAAGGCAUGUUACUGUUGAGUAGUUGGGUCUCUCAAAUCUGAAAAAUGGUGAAUAGCUUUCCCUCUGUUCUUUUUCUUAUACUUUUAGAAUGUAGAGCAAGGCAUGUUACUGUUGAGUAGUUGGGUCUCUCAAAUCUGAAAAAUGGUGAAUAGCUUUCCCUCUGUUCUUUUUCUUAUACUUUUAGAAUGUAGAGCAAGGCAUGUUACUGUUGAGUAGUUGGGUCUCUCAAAUCUGAAAAAUGGUGAAUAGCUUUCCCUCUGUUCUUUUUCUUAUACUUUUAGAAUGUAGAGCCUUCUUCUUUCUCUUGCUUUGCUAGGUGUUUGUUCUGGGGCUUUGGCUUCUAGUGUUUCUGGUUCUUGACAUGUUGAAUAAGAUGCAAGGAAUUUCAAAGAUGUUUUGAUAAUUUCAUGGAAGUAGGUUGGAGGUUUGAGGAAGUAUUUUGUGAUGAAAACUUUGAGGAGUUCCGUUGUUAUGCUGCUGAUUAAAUAUCAUAUAAUACACCUAUUGUAGAGCUACAAAAUAGGUUUUGUUGAUUCAUAAAUAGCUAAUUCAUUUGCUACUAAUAAUUUUAGUCAGAAUACAAGUAGUAGUCUAGACAUGCACUUGUGGAGGAGGUUGCCCUACAUUGAGUAGGCCUUAGUUUAAACAUAUACAUUUUCUGAUAUGGUUUCCUGUGUAAUAAAAACUAUGCUUUACUGA